UUCUUACCACGCCUCUUGUUAAAGCUUUCCCAAAUUUGAAACACAUUAAAAUGAUUGAAAUAAAUGACACUUUUGAUCGAUAGAUAUUCUACAUUUUUAUUCCCCGAGGUUCACGUGGAGGAGGAAUACUCGCCACUUUCGGAAAUAUGGCAGAGAACGGUACCAUUGUUACAGAAGCACUCGUCUGCUCCAGCCUUGGUGGAGAGUUCGAGAUUAAGAGACUCACGGUAGACGACAUACGAGAAGAUGAGUUGUUGGUUCGCAUCGUUGCGUCUGGUAUUUGCCAUACGGAUUUCUCUUGCGCGGAUGGAACCACACCAGUGGAAUUCCCCUUCGUGGGUGGUCAUGAAGGUGCUGGAGUUGUAGAACGUAUCGGGGCCCAUGUCAACCAUGUGGAAGUGGGAGAUCAUGUCCUGCUGAGUUUCAGUUCAUGCGGAAAAUGCGCCCCGUGCAGACGAAACAUUCGUGCCUAUUGUCGGGAUGUGUUUCGAAUGAACUUUUCAGGCUCGAGAGAUGAUGGCUCAAAGGCGUUUACUAUGGAGGAUGGCUCUCCUGUGUCGUCUCAUUUCUUCGGCCAGUCAAGCUUUGCUCGCAGGACAGUUGUAAGAGCGGUGUCAGCUAUCAAGAUUGAGAAAUCCUUGCCGCUGGAUAUUUUAUGUUCCAUGGGCUGUGGUAUGCAAACUGGAGCGGGAACAGUUCUGAACGUCUUGCGUCCAGCAAUGGGGCAAACGGUGGUUAUCUUCGGUGCCGGCGCCGUAGGGCUCGCUGCUGUGAUGGCAGCGAAGCUUACUCCGGCGAGUAUGGUGAUUGUUGUCGAUUUAGUAGCUUCUAAGCUCAUCACAGCUCGCGAAUUGGGUGCAACGCACAUUAUCAAUGCCAAUGAGACUGACACCCUCGCUCAGAUAGGUUCUCUCACCGAUGGAUUUGGAGUCGAUCGCGCCAUGGACACCACAGGGAACAUUCAUGUUAUUAAGACAAUGAUAGAUUGUGCCGCUCCUGGUGGACUCGUCGCUACUGUUGGUGCCCCGAGAAAGGGUCGGAUUAUCGAGAUCGAACCUGCAACAUGGUUGGCAAGGGGAAUCAGCUAUGUGGGAGUCCACCAGGGCUCUUCAGACCCGCAGAAGUUCGUUCUAUAUCUCGUUCAGCUCUGGAAGGACGGCCGAUUCCCUGUUGACAGACUGGUGAAUACCUUCUCCUAUGGAGAGAUGCGGGAAGCAACCGACGCUUUACGAAAGGGAAUAUGCAUCAAAGCAGUACUUCUGUGGGAUGAAUAGUGAAUAUGAUGAAGCCACCAUGGCAGGAGUCCACCUCCCUUCACUUGAAGCCUUCACUUGCAGCUCAUUGCUUUCCACCCCUCAGCACUAUAAGUCAUCACAUUAUCCUCAUUUCCUUUCAUCUAUUUUUCUAUAUCUGGACAGCAUCUUAUCAUCCUGAAGCAGCUCCCUCUAUCUCUAAUACUCUGUGUUGGCAUCCUUUUGUUGUUUUGCUUGGCUUAUAUUCUAUAUUAUUAUACUACUGCCUGGUUAGCUUUAAAAAUAUUUUUUACCUCAC